CGCGGGAGCAGAGAGACACGGAGACUCCCUUACCAGAGAGAACAUACUCUUCAUUAGCGGUCCUGAAAAAGUCUCCAGCAGGGACCUAACCGACACCGAACCAAUUACACAUAGGAAACACAAGGUUGUCAGAUGCCGAACUGUAAGACGCAUACAUGGUAGGAGAUUUAGGUACGAUUAACACACACGAAGAUCGGACCACACGCGCGACAAUAAGGAAAUAUAACCAUUGUUGUUAACAACAGUACAAUGGCUAUUUACAACUUCACGCGGGCAUGCUGGGACAUUUGCCCCGCCAGUGCUACAGUAUCCAUCCAUCCAUUUCUCAAACAGCUUAUCCUUCUGGGAUAAGGUCCGGAGCCUAUCCCAGAAGCUAUGGGCACGAGGCAGGGGACAACCCAGGAUAGGGGGCCUGCCCAUCGCAGGGCACUCACACACCAUUCACGCACACAUGCACUCCUAUGGGCAAUUUAGUAACUCCAAUUAGCCUCAGCAUGUUUUUGGACUGUGGGGGGGAAACCAGAGUACCCGGGGGAAACCCCACGACGACAUGGGGAGAACAUGCAAACUCCGCACAUACGUAAAUCAGGCGGAGACUCGAACCUCGUCCUACGUAAUGGUUUUUCCACGCAAAACACCCCUACAACAUGAUGCUGCCACCUCCGUACUUCACAGUUGGGAUGGUGUUCUCAGGCUUGAAGGCUUCCCCCUUUUGACUCCAAAUAUGACGAUGGUCAUUAUGGCCAAACAGCUCGAUUUUUGUUUCGUCAGACCACAGGACAUGUCUCCAGAAAUUAGGGUCUUUGUCUCUGUGUGUAUUUGCAAAGUGUAAUCUGGCUUUUUUAUGUCGCUUUUGGAGUAAUGGCUUUUUCCUCGCUGAGUAGCCUUUCAGCGCAUGUCGGUACAGGACUCGUUUCACUGUGGAUAGUGAUACACUCUUACCAGCUUCAGCCAGCAUCCUCACAAGGUCUUUUGCUUUUGUUCUGGGAUUGAUACGCACAUUCCGCACCAAAAUACGUUCAUCUCUUGGACUCAGGAGCCGUCUCCUUCCUGAGCGGUAUGAUGGCUGGACAUUCCCAUGAAAGGGUUUUGUAUGAUUUAAUGUCAGACAGUAAGAAAAAAAAGUUAUAUGUCUUUUUAUACAGUGUAUGUAAAUUUUCGGUUUCAACUGUAUACGUAAUGGUUUUUCCAGUACACUCCGAUGACUAAUCGGCGAUCAACAAAAUCAAUAAACCGAAAGUUUUAACGAGCAGACUAGAGAUCCAUGUGUAGUAUGCGAUUGAGAAUUAAAAAGAAAAAUUUAAUGGAUUUCCUUCAUUCUUUUGUCAGGAUCAUGGUUUCACUUCUCAUGGUCUCCCCUCCUGGCUUUACAGAACUCGUGAGAACACAGCGACUUGUGAUGGCUUCCCUUGGAGACGACGUUAACAUCGCAUGUGAGCUUACACAACAGAAAAAUGUGAAACAAGUGACCUGGCAGAGAGUGUCGGAGCAGACGAGCGAAAACAUGGCAACGUACAGUGAACGUUUUGGUUCGAAAAUCACCGAGUCCUUCAGAAAAAAUGUCAGUUUCAUGGAAACGGAGCUGCAGCAAUCUGCCAUAGUUAUUAGGAGAGUCCAAUGGAGUGAUGAAUCAUGCUACAAGUGUCUGUUUAAUGUCUUUCCUGAUGGAGCUAUCAGUGGGAGGACCUGCCUCAAUAUCUAUGAACUACACAAUCCCGUAUUUGAAGUAACUCCAGUCAAUGUCGGGGAUGACAGGAGAUUAUCGCUUUCCUGCUCUGCCACCGGAAGACCUGCACCAAAGGUCUCAUGGAGUAUUGAAGAUUCUGCUCUGGAAAAUUCUACAACGUUGUAUACCAAAAAUCCUAAUGGAACUAUAACCGUUACUAAAACUGCUACAGUUCAAAUAACCCCCACACUUCUUGCAAAUACAACGCAAAUCAAAUGUGCAGCACAGCAAGAAUUUGGAGAAAGGAAAGAAAUUUUCAUUACAAUCCCAAAUGAUGACAUAACAUCAGAUACAAGACAUACAGUCUUCUCAUACGCUGUCCCUGUUCUCGGAGUCCUUUGUGGUUUCCUUGGAUUAUUUCUAUGCGUGUCAAGGAGAAAUUUAAAGCCACUGCGUGGUGAGCGAACUGUUGCAGAAUUGCUGCCGUCACAUCAUCCAGUGGGUGAUCUGGAUAACCCAGAAAAUCACAGGAGGAGAUCUCUAUUCACUAUAAGACAUCUAUGACAAGAUAAUCUGCAGUUGGACCAGCAGUGUCAUCAGGGAUUCCACCCACCCCACCCAUCAAAUUUUCACUCUCCUGAAGUCUGGCAGGUGAUACUGGUGUGUUGAUACCAGAACAUCCAGACUCCAAAGCAAUGUAUACCCCCAGGCCAUCAGAUACAUUAACAACUGUCACUGUCUACCUCUUCCCCCUGUGUCCCUACCCCAAACAUCAUGACAGUGGUCACACUGCACUCUGCACUUUAUAUGAAGUUGUACAUACUUUUUACUGAACUGAUAGCCACCAGUCACGCUGCACAUUUCUCAUAUGGAAUUUCAACCAAGGAGACCUCAAUAGGUACUUGUUCGCAACCUUGGAGUUACCAUGGAUGAUCGGUUGUCCUUUUCCUCACAUAUCGCCAGUCUUUCUCGCUCUUGUCGGUUUCUCCUCUUUAACAUCAGGAGGGUACGUCCAUUUCUUUCCACUCAGGCUACCCAGAUACUCGUCCAGUCCCUCGUCAUCUCACGCCUGGACUACUGCAACUCGCUUCUAGCGGGUUUACCACUGCGUGCCAUCUGUCCCCUCCAACUGAUUCAGAAUGCAGCUGCUCGACUGGUUUUCAACCUUCCCAAGUUCUCCCACACCACUCCUUUGCUGCGCUCUCUCCACUGGCUUCCUGUAGCCGCCCGCAUCAAAUUCAAAACACUGAUGCUCGCAUACAAAGGCAAAAAUGGUCUGGCACCAUCCUAUCUAAAAGACCUCAUCACACCCUGUACUGCGCCCCGAUCUCUCCGAUCCUCCAGCACUGCUAGACUGGUCCCACCACCCCUCAAGGCACAAGGACGACACACAUCUCGGCUCUUCUCUGUCCUGGCACCUAGUUGGUGGAAUGAACUCCCCCUUGAUGUCCGAACAGCGGAAACCUUGGCUAUCUUCAAGCGACAACUCAAAACUUUCCUUUUUCAGAAAUACCUGAAGUAGUACUCUGUAUUCUUACUCAGCUCUUUUCUGUGUGUGUGUGUGUGUGUGUGUGUGUGUGUGUGUAUGUGUACAAAAAAAAAUUGUUGCACUUUCUCAACAGUGUUCAGAUAGAUAGUAUUCAGAUAGAUAGUAUUCAUAGCUUGGGUCCUUAUUGAGCUAGUAUCGGAAAAAUUCAUCGCAGCGUCUUAAAGCACUUAUGUAAGCUCUGGCUAAGGGCGUCUGCCAAAUACUGUAAAUGUAAAUGUAGUUGAUGCGAGUGGUUAUUUCAUUAAACAAUUUAAAUGAGCAUGUGAACAGUGACUUGGCGAAGCCCGUCUCUUGGUCGUUGGUUCCAUCGACUCUGAAGCCGACAGAUCUGGCUGGGCGACCAGGCAGGAGGCGAAGGAGCCGACCCCGGACCAGGACGGGGAGCCGAAGGUGGUGGGAGGGAGGAGGCAGGAGAACCGAAUAGCUGUAACGGCAAAGAAGUGGGUUAGACUUACUCUUUAUAUAAAACCUGGAUCGAUGUGAUUGGAUACUCUAGCAUUCCUUAGGUGUCCUUGUUUGAACUUUCAUAUUCACUUUCAUUUAUAUGUAUAUUUUGUCAAUUUGUAUUUAUUAGACCUGCUGCUGUUUCUUAAUUCUGCACAUUCUAUUCCAAUACCAGUAUGUAUACUUUAUAUUUUUAUGGGUAUUUUACUUUUUGUCUAUUUCAUUACUGAUGACUUAUUAAUUGUCUUACUCAUUGACUUACUGAUUAUUUCUUUUCUUCUCUUUAAUAUUUUAAAAUAAACAAUAAUAAGUUAGAUGGUAGGUGUGCAAUAUACUGUUUACUGUUUAUUAUGUGCAGUAUGUGAAUCAUUUAUGUUGCUGGACACUGGUGAAAUAAUACUUGUUCUGGUUAUUAUGUUGUGGUUGGAAAUCUCUUUGAAGAUUUAACAUUGCAUAUGUCAUCCAUGCAAAUACUUUGACGUUUUGUACGAUUAUCUGUCUGUCUGUCUGUGUAACUGUCACUUUAUUUUGUAUUUACUGUAUGCAUUUUGUAUUUUACUAAUGCAUUUUGGGACUGUCAUAAAAGUAAUUUUGUUGUGUUAAUGAUAAUAAAGUGCUUGAAUUGAA